GUCUUCCUUGGCAGCUUCGACAAUUCGCACUCGGCAGCGAGAGCUUACGAUCUGGGACGCAUUUCCCUGGGAUGUAGGGACGACGAAGAACUUAACUUCCCGGUAACGCACUAUACGGACGAUUUGCAGAUGCUCGAAGAACUUUCUAUCGAAGAAAUUGCGGAGAUGUUGGUGGAAGCGUCGCAAAACACAGAGCGCAGAACCUCGCGCUUUCGCGGAGUCGUCGCGCGGGAAGGUGGAUUCGAGGCGAGACUU